AUGGCACAGCAGGGUGGGGAAUGGUUAGUGUCGCGCAUAACUUCAGGAUAUUGUGCUUAAUUUUGUGUAUUGUGUUUAGUACCAUUUAAAUGUGAGACAUGUUAAAGUGGAUAUUAUCUUUAUAAAGAUGGUAGUUGCACUAGCAAUUGUAAUUUUCCAUAUUAAAAAUUAAGUGGCUCUUAAUGCUAGAAUUAUGAUGAUGAAACACCAUACUCUUAAUAUUUAGUUGAAGAAAAUGAAAAUUCAGCUGGUGAUCCAGAAUAAUAUGCAUUAUAUACUUUAGUCUCUCAAAGUGGGUCAAACUUUUUAAAAGGAUCAGAUAUCUAUUUUUCAUAUUGGUUUGGAAAUAGAAUCUUUGGAGGACCAUUUGUAUGGGCGCAGGCUAAAUUUUAAAGGGUUCAUAAUAUAAUAUCUCCACAUCACAGUGUUACAAUUGGAUUUUAUAUUGUAUACGGACCCUUAUUCCCUUUAGAUGGGAAUUUUAUAUAUACAAUUGAGAGUAAUGAACCAGUUUCUAAAUCAACUGCAUCUGCAUCUGCUGGUAGUGUAAAAUAUGAGAAAAUAUAUGAAAAAAUCAAUCAUUCUACAAAUACUUUAACUAUAACUUGGGAAUGCUUUGGACAAAAUAAUGAACCAGUCAAGGCAUAUUGCGGAUUCUAUAGGUAUUACAUCGCUGUUCAUUAUUGCUAACCCUAUUGCUUAUAAUGCUCAAAUUAAACUACUUGUACUUCAUGGAACAGCACUUAUGAUUCUAAUAUCGUUAAAUUUUCUUAAGCAGAAUGCUUGAUUGUUUAACUUGUCCAUCAUCUUGUUUAACUUGUAGAUCUAAACUAGAUUGUUAAACAUGUUAACCAACUUAUUCCUAACCUAAAUUAGGAUGUAUUUGUGCAAUAAAUUAAUAUAAAGAUUCAAAUUAAUGUUUAAAUUGUCCAAUUGAAUGUUAUUAAUGUUUAAGUUCUACUUACUGUGUAGAAUGCUUAACUUCUAAUAGAAGAUAAUUAUCCUAUGGGUAAUGUAUUUGUAUUGACGGAUAUUAUCCUGUUGUUUCAAUAAGUAAAUGUUAGCCAUGUCAUUAAUUUUGCCAAACUUGUACUGGACCAACUUCUGAUGAAUGUUUAACUUGCAAUGAUAUUGUUAAUAUUGAACAAGUAGGAUCAACAUGUAGAUGUCCAGCAGGGAUGUCUUAUUAAUAUACAACAAAAAGUUGUUCCUCUUGUCAUUCAUCAUGCUUAACAUGCUUUAGAACCACAAUUGAUGGCUGUUUAACAUGUGAUAUUACUUUAAAUAGAAUAUUAAAAGGGUUAAAAUGUGUUUGUGCACCUGGUUAUUAUGAAUUAAGUAAUGUUUGUACAAAUUGUCCAAUUACAGAAGAUCCAUCUCUUAGCGAAUGUUAUAAAUUGUGUAAUAAUAAUUAAUUGA